UGAGAACCACAUGAUAGAGAUGGCUUUUAUUAAAGAAGAGAGUGAAGACACGAGGAUUGGAGAAACACUCAGAGUUAAACAUGAAGAUACUGAGGAACAAACAGACCUGAUUACGCUGAAGGAGGAGGAUCACAAGCUUAAUGAAAUGGAGCGGAAAUAUCAGUAUGAGAGACAUCAUGAUUUUAUGAUUGAAGGAAUAUCCAGAAAGACUGAAAAGACUUCCUCUCAAAAAAGAGGUCAGAAGAAAGGAACUAAAAGGUAUUUCACCUGCCAACACUGUGGAAAGAGUUUUGAUCAAUUUGGAAAUCUUAAAGUCCACAUGAGAAUUCACAAAGGAGAGAAACCUUUCUCCUGCCAACAGUGUGGAAAGAGUUUCAAUGAAAAAGGAAACCUUAAUGUCCAUGUGAGAGUUCACACUGGAGAGAGGCCAUUCACUUGCCAACAAUGUGGAAAAAGCUUCUCUCAAAGUGGAAACCUUAAAGUUCACAUGAAAAUUCACACUGGUGUGUGCUCUUUUACUUGCCAACAGUGUGGAAAGUGUUUCGCUGAGAAAGGAAACCUUAAGGUCCACAUGAGAAUUCACACCGGAGAGAGCUCUUUCAUCUGCCAACAGUGUGGAAAGAGUUUCACUCAAAAAGGAAACCUUAAAAAACACAUGAUGAUUCACACCGGAGAGAAGCCUUACACCUGCAAAUUAUGUGGGAAGGGCUUCACACGUGAACUAGGCCUUAGUUAUCACAUGAACAGUCACACUGGAGAAAAACCAUUCAUAUGUAGUCGAUGUGGAAAGAGUUUCACUCGUAAAGUGACCCUUGAUACCCAUAUUAGAAUUCACACUGGAGAGAAGCCAUUCGUAUGUGGUCAGUGUGGAAAGAGUUCCAGAUGUAAAAAAAACCUUAAUCAGCACAUGAGGAUUCACUCAAGGGAGAACUGUUUUAUAUGUCAUCAGUGUGGAAGGAAUUUCACAAACAUGAAACGCCUUAAGAAUCAUUUAAUAACUCACAUUGGUAAGAAGCCUUUUAUGUGCCAUAACUGUGGAAAGAGUUAUAUAAAUAAAAGAAUGCUAAAGACUCACAUGAGAAUUCACACUAGAAAGAGGUCUUUCACAUGUCUUCAGCAUAAGAAAAUUGUAAGAUACCGAAGAGGCCUGAAAUGUCAUUCACAAAUUCACUCUGGAGGAAAACAAUUUAAUUGUGAUAAAUGUAAUAAAAAUUUCCUGUUGCCAUCACACUUAAAGAUACACCUGAAAAGUCAUGCAGAUGUGAGACCCUAUUUGUGUUUUUUGUGUGGAAAGCAUUUUAAAUGGCCCAGCAAUUUACUAUGGCACCAGAAAAUACGUGUCUGUGUAAAAUUAAGGCUUCGCUCAAACCACAGUUGAAUGUUGGCCAAAUCAGAUUUUCUGCUUUUUUUUUAUCUGUUCACAUUUAAAUGAUUAGAUACAUGUCUAAACAAGUAAUGCUUCUACAACCACCACCCCGUUUUCCACCUGCAUUGUUACGUCAUUUAUUACCAUUAAACCUCUUUUUGCUUCA